AUGGCUAUGCCCCUCCCCUCGCCCAACACUGCUCCACCCGACGGCGCCGAGCCCGCUCCCGCCGCCAGCGCCGCCUCGCCGCCGCACAACUCGGUCUUCAACAAGCUCCUCUCCAAGGCCGGGCCGCACCUCGCCCCCCGGCUCCAGCACGCGCAGUCCAAGCUCACUGCGCACAGCUACGGCGCGCAGCUCGACACUGCGCUCCGCUCGUCGUCGUCCUCGCUCGAGGCCCGCGUCCGCCGCGUGUCGGGCCGCCUCGACGCCGUCCAUGCCGGCUGGGGCGGCAAGGUCGACGCCGCAGCGGACAAGUACGGCGCCAAGCUUGGCUCGCAGCUCGCCAGCGCCGGGAUCGAGGGGCGCGUCGACUCGGCCGUCAAGCGCUUCGGGCACUCGCUCGGCGAUUUCGAACACCGUCUCGGGUACGAUGCGCCCGCCCCUGUCGCCGCUGGCCCAGAGGCACAGCAGCCUCAGCAGCAGCAACAGCAAUUCUACCCGCCACCACCUGGCGCUCCGGCGCGCAAGCAGCAGCAGCAGCAGCCGGAGCCACAGCAGCACCAACAGCAACAGCAGCAGCUCGUCGUCGAGCCACCCACUGCCCCCAGCACCGUCAGCCCUGGGCCUUACGAUUCACCCCCUGGCUCGCCGCCGCGGCCCGUCAAGCCUGUCGAGCCACGCCUCAACGAGCAGGUUCAAGGCCGGUUCGAGUCACCGCCCGGCUCGCCACCGCGGGUCGCGCUCGGGCUCGAGCACAAGCCGGCGCCUGAGACAUCCACGACGCAGCCCGCACCCGCACCCGCACCCGCACCCGCACCCGCACCCGCACCCGCACAUGCACCUGCACCCACCCCCGCGCUUCCAGAGCCUGCGCCAGCUCCACCCAGUACUUCUGUGCUCGCUCCUCGUGGUGGCGCUUCGCCUCCUCCCGUCGCUUCUCUAUCUCUUCCUCUCGCUCCUGCCCUUCCUCCUCAUAUCGCUGGCCCUCCUACCCCCGGUGCUUCUGCUCCUCCCGCUCCUACUCCUGGCGUUCCUGGCAGCGCUGAUUCUGGUGGUGUGGGACCAGCUCCUCCGCGUGCUCCUGGUGGUCCUCCCGCUCCUUCUGUUCAUCCCUAUCCCACUCCUUUCGUUUCUCCCGUUAUCUACGACCCUCCGUCACCCCAGCAGCAGCACCAUGCCGAGGGCACCCCCGCCCCCGAGGCUCGUCCUCCAGCGGUCGCAGUCACGGCCGCGCUCGCUGAGCUCCGUGUCGGCCCAGCUGGCGCCCCCGCGCUCGCUGAGCUCGGUACCGGCCCCGCCGACGGCGCUGCCAACGACGAGCAGGGACGCGUCCCCAGCAACGACAGUCACGGCGCUGUCCCCGCGCCCAACCCACUCGUCGCCGGGCUCGACGCCAACCCUGCGGCAGUAUAUCCCGUCCCCGGCGCUCCCUACGCUCCAAACGUCCACGUCCCCGACGCCGUCGUCCCUCCCGCCCCGCCCGCCGACGCCAACCCCACGGCCACGCCAGCGGUGCGCUCCACAACGCCGCCACCACGCCCGAGAUCCAAGUCGGUGGUGCUGGACGUCCAACCCCGCCCUCAAGAGCCUCCCGCCCCGAGCCCGCCCCGCGUUCCCCAUCUCGCCGGAGCCGCUGUGGUCGCCAAUGUCGCCGGAGGAGCCAAUCACCCCGUGGUGGGCGGCGUGAAGGAGGACGGCCAGUUUGAUGACGCCGAGGGCGACGUGCCGCCUCCGCCAUAUGUUGAAAUCGACGAGCACGGGCUCGCUCCCACCACCAUCCCUCCCUCGGCGCGUCCCACGGGGGACACCAAGGCGAGGCCCUAAGAAUGUAGAGUACCUUGACAUGUCUCGUAGUUGCCUUCUCAUGUAGUUUACUAUGCGCUCG